AUGGCUAUGUUCACCUGUGGAGGACGUACAUAUAGCGGGUUAACUAUGCGGGAAGCUAACGUCUUUCUCAGUCUUCUAUUCCUGGUCACUUCAUCGUCAGGUCAGACUAAUUACUAUGAUCAGGAUAUGGGAAUCGCUCAGGAUACGGUCGAACUGUCUAUGCAAAAUCACGACCAAGUGCUCAAUAGCUCUCAGGUAGUAUUCGUGGCGUUCUGUGCCGACUGGUGUCCAUUUUCGCGUCGUUUGAAACCAAUAUUCGAGGAAUCCGCUCGCGUCUUCAAACGGGAAAAUCCGAAUGCCAGCGUUGUUUGGGCGGUGGUGGACAGCGUCCGACAGGCUGAUGUUGGUGAUAAGUAUUUCGUGAAUAAAUAUCCGACAAUGAAAGUAUUCGUUAACGGGGAACUUAUCCAGAAAGAGUACAGGUCAACUCGAUCCGUAGAAGCGCUUACUGCGUUUGUGAAAUACCAGUUGUCCACUGCUAUCAAUGAAUUUGCCAGCCAGGACCAACUCUCAGCAGCGAUGGACCCGGCAAAGCGAAAUGUUGUUGCAUGGGUGAAGCGAGGAACCGAUGAUUACGCCAAUCUUAAGAAAGUUGCUUCGCUCUUGCGGGAAGAAUGCACAUUCUGGGUGGCAGACGAGACGCUUUCAUCGACUGUGACCGAAAACAAACUCUCGUACUUUGAUCAAGACAGCACAGACGAACAGAAGUUUUCCGGUAACCUGCGCGAUUAUGAAUUCGUAAAGCAAUGGUUGACUGAUAAAUGUAUUCCUCUUGUAAGAGAGGUCACGUUCGAAAACGUUGAAGAGUUGACAGAGGAAGGUCUUCCAUUUUUGUUGUUUUUCCGGGAUCCCAAGCGAAGAGAUCAGGACAAGAUGUUCACCGAACAGGUCAUUCGCGAGCUCGCUGACCAACGCUCGUCGAUCAAUCCAUUGCUGGCCGAUGGACACAAAUUUGCUCACCCUUUGAAGCAUUUGGGCAAAACCGCAAAGGAUCUUCCAGUGCUUGCGAUCGAUUCGUUCCAGCAUAUGUAUCUGUUCCCUGAUAUGUCGCAAUUGACCGUUCCCGGCAAGCUGAGAGAAUUCGUUAUGGACUUGCACUCUGGUAAACUUCACAAAGAUUUCCAUGAAACCUUGGACCAGAAGAUGAUUGAUUUGGCGAAGUUCAAAGCUGAAAAUGGAAUCAUGGAUGAGGACCUCGAUGAUAAUCGAGAAGACCAGGGAAUGCCUGCUGCUCGGCCCGGGGACACAACACCUCCUCCCUCUGUCUUUAAGCAGUUGAAACCGAGCGAAAAGCGUUAUUCGCUGUUACAGAAAACGGAAUUGUAG